UUCAAUUGUUCUGACGUAUAAGAGGCCGCUCGCACACAUGCACUCACUACGCACACCCGUCAGCCAGUCUCCCUCCAACAGCUGUACAAGCACGCACACGCUCUCUCUCUCUGUCAAUCAACCAUCGAUCGACACACACGCAUCUGCCUACUCAGCCCCCUCCUGCAGCAGCCUGCCCGAAAGGCGGUACGUGUUCUCAAAAUGGUGGAUGCUCCGCCACGUAAUCUCAUACAGCUUCUCUACCUCGCUCUCACACCCACUCAGACACUCCUGGACGAACGCCUCGCUGCCCGCAGACAUGUCAGACAGUGCAGUCAGGUCAAAGACGAGAGGCUUGAUGGCACAGAUGAGCCUCACGCAGCCCCGCACACACGCAUACGACACGAGUGGGUCGUCGGUGCGGAUAAGGCUGAUCGCCCGGCCUGCCUUCAUGAUGAGAUGCUCGAUCAGGGGGUAGACAAAUGAGGGCCCAUCGGCAGGCAGCUCACUCAGACACGCACCACAGAAUACGGAAAGGGUCGGCACGCGGGGGGGGAGGAGCGAGACGGCCUCCCCCACCGCCUCCAGGCUACUGCUCUCGAUGACCACCUUUUCCAACGAAUGGAUCGACCCCAGCAGCACCCCCAGGGUGUGCGGAGGCGGGGGGUCUGCUCGUACUCGUCUCGCUCCUCCUCCCCCACCCCCCGCCCGUCACCCUGGAUGCAGCCGACCUGCAGCUUCAGCUCGGUCAAGUUGGGGAAUCGGGUACUCUUGCCCUUGGCGUCUCGGUCGGCCAGCCAGGGGGCCAUGGAGGGGAUGGCCUGGCAUGGCUUGUUGGCGUAGAUGUCGAGCUUGCUCGCCUGAGGAAAGUAGAGGUGGUCACUCCAGUCGUCGUGGAGAGCUAAGGGGCCGCCGCAGUACGACACCUGCCGACAAUCAAUCAGUGGAUGGAGGGAGGGAGGGAUGGAGGGAGGGAGACAACGACGCUGGCGUGCUGAGUGGGUGUGCAGGUGGGUGGUACCUUGUCGGCUUUGCUCGCGAGUUGGCCAAUGAAGCGCGCGGCCGUGGGGUCUGGAGGCGAAGCGAAUGGCAUGGCGGUCUUGUCGCUCUCGCACGACAGCCACAUCUGGUCACACUCCCACUCAAUCUGAUACGCAUAGACACGGCACACCCAGACAGACAUAGUCUCACACGUAUGUGCAGUGAGUGAGCGAGUGCGGCGUGCUUGAUUGCCUGGCAGUUGCUGGAUUGUGCCCACGAGAGGAAUGCUGGUAUGCUGAACGAGCCGGGCCCUCGAGGGAACGAGUGGAUCUGCAGGGAAUGAACACGCAAAGUGGUUCACACCUAGACAUAGCACAUGUGUCCAUCGUACCUGGUCAUUGAAGUCGGCUCCAACACCUACAGUCUCAACAGCGAAGCGCAGUUUCUUGGGCACCCCUGCACACACACACACAUCGGAACGCAUCGAAACAUCUGUGCGUGCCGUGCACCACCCAUACCCACCCCAGUGCCCACCUAGCAUUGCUGGUGCGGCCCACUGUGCCGAGAGGGCGUUCUUGACCAUCGACAGGGGUGUCAGGGCCUUGCUUAGGUCUGUGGCCCUGAUGUUGAGCUUGGGCAGCGAUUCGACGGCGGGGCAGCUCUUGAGAGCGGAGAGAAAAUCCUGCUGCUUCUUGUCGAUGACCACCCCGAGCGGCUCUGGCAUGAAGCCCGCUGGUGUAGCCGACAUGUGGCCGCUGAUGUGGAUGAGCUUGGGGGAUGUCUUGAUGAUGUGCUGGAUCGCCUCGCUGCAGCUGCUGUCGAGGUGAAGGGUCAGCAGGCCGGGGAAAGUCCAGCGGUGACUCCUGAUACACAGCAUCGGGCGAUAUGAUGAGUGAGCGGGUAGAGGUGACGGGCCGGGCACUGCUGGAGCUUACUUGAAGUAUGAUAGCCAAGUGUCGCUAGUGACGCUGAGGUGCUCCACACUUGUCAGGGCCACACCACGCCCACGGUGAAACAGCUCCCUGAUGUGCCUUUGUUCGUUCGUUAACGGACACCUGCCGAUGCCCCUCACUCGCCGCUCGUUUGGGGUGCCUCCGACGUCUACUGGCGUGAGUGUGCUGCUGUUGGCCGCCAAGAUCGACGCAGCGAGUUCCAGCGACGACUCCUGGAAGACAGCCACGAUCGUGGCUGCCUUGACACUCGUCUACACGCGCACAUACGGAGAGAGGAUGUGUCAGAACCGCUGCAGCCGACACACCACGUCAUACUCACCAGCCGUUGCUUGAGUAGCGUCUGUUGCUGCGGUGUGUAUGCGUCGUCGCUGGAGAUGGUGAAGUGCUGCAAUAUGCCGGUCUUCUUGCUCAUGACCUGAGUGCGGAGAUCCCUACUGACGCGGCACAGCCGGGCGGCCUCCUUGGUGCUGAAGAAGGCCGCGAUGCCCUGGACGAAGAGGCCGGCGGGCAGCCCGUCCAGUGAGGCGCGGCAACGAACCUGACGACAACAGAUGGGGUCCACACACAAUGCUCUGUGGAGAGAAUGUGGUGUGUUUGUUUGGUCACCCACCGACCUGGCUAUGCAUCGUCUGGUUGGUCAGUGAUGUCUUGGCGACGUCUGCCGCCUCGAGGAAGCCAACCAGCACGCCGCUCACAACACUCUGCGGCAGCCCGUCCAAACAAGGCUGGCCGUAUGGCUGCACAAACGAAAGCAAGAACAGGCAGGACACAUCAAUGGGUGGAGGGAUGCAGUUGCGUGUGACGAGGUAUUCGCACCUGUGCGGGUGGUUUCCAUCCGACGGCUAUGGGUCGUAGUGGCUUGAUGGCGGCGUCUAGGACCUCACUGGCGCUCGACACCAUACCCACGGCAGACGACAACAUGGCUACCAACUCACUCCCACCAGGUAGCUACACACACAAAUACACACACACACACACACAGAGAGAGAGAGAGAGUGACUUUCGUGUGCGGUGUGCCCUCCGUGUUGCCUACAAUGAAUCGGUGAGGGUCGCCCAGGAUCUUCUCCGCCUUGAGCAACUGCGCAGGCACCUGGCAAAGGAACAGCGUCGCAGACCGGAAUUGAGGGAAAGGACAGCUCAAGGCCAGCCAAUGAGCUGACCUGUUUCCUGAUUUCCCGGAUGCACUUGAGGUCUGGGGAUGAUGCAGCAGCGACGGGCAUGGGUGGCGUGGGGUCAGCCUCUCCCUCGCCCUCCGUCGAGCUGAGGUUGUCAUCGUCAUCGCCACUGUCAUCGUCCUCAUCAGAUGAGACCGAGCCGCCAUCUGCUGCUGCUGGUGGUGAGUCGGAAUCUGGAGCCGAUGCUCGCUGCCAGUAGAUGCCGUGUUUCCCCAUCGGCCACUCGCCACACCGACCCACCAACUCCCCCUCCAGCUUCAGACGCUCAUCGCGCAUCUUCUCCAACUUCGUGCUGCACACAUCACAAACACCAAACAAGCACAAACGACGAACAUGAUGGGUGGAUGACGUGUCGAUCUGUCGUGUGCCCGAGCUGUCUGUGUAGGUGCGCACAUACAUGAGUUUCUCGUUGUAUUUCCGUUCAAUCCGCCAGCAGGAUGCAGGGGCCGGCUGUUCUGCGAGGGUGAAGGUCUUGGUUAUCAGCUCCUUGUGCUCGACGAGGGCCUUGAUGCCCCCCCGCAGAGUGGCCAUGCCGCACUUGAGCUGCAGAGGCACAGAGGGAAGCGGAGGGGGCUCAGGCUCCUGCAUGACAAACACACAUUAGGAUGUUUGUCUGCGGUCGGCUGCGCGGUGAGUGCAUUCUCAGUGACCCACCCAGAUGGAGGGCAGGAAAUUGACGAUUUGGUCCAGUUGGUUGAUGUGCCCCGUCAGCUGCACACGCACACGCACACACCCAUCCAUCCAUCCACCCACCCGUAUCCCUCCCUCCGCACUCCAUCACUCCCCAAUUGUCACUCCCUCACUCACCUGCGCCUCGAGCGUCGGCAGCUGUGCCUUUACCCGCCGCAGCUGCUCAUAGAUAUCACGCAGCUCCUGUCGCCCGCCGCCCUGCAUAACGCAAACAACCGAUGCAUGAUGAGUCAAGCAUUCAGGAGAGCAUGCUGGCAUCACAACCCAUCCACUCGCUGUACCUGUCCCUCCAUCUUGCUCGAGACCGACAGCAGAGAGAGCCAUUGUCUACCCCCUCACUCCAACGACCCCC